AGUGAAGUCGGUAAAUGACAUAAAUAGGCUGAAUUCUGAAGCGGAGCGAUACAAAUAAUCCUGCAUAUUGCCUCAAAGCUGUUGAGGUAGCUGUUCAAUCAAAUACACCAUAAUACAUACAUAUAUGGGGAGUUUGCACCACCCGGCCAACGGCGGCGGCGACGCCGGCCUUACAGUUCUGGCGGAGGCGCCGCCGCAGACCGAUCCGAAAAACAUCCAUCAGGAAACGAUUUCAGGAUGGAGAAAUUUCCUGUCCUAUGUCGGACCGGGUUUUCUCGUCUCCUUGGCUUACUUAGAUCCUGGAAACCUGGAAACUGAUCUGCAAGCCGGAGCGAACCAUGGAUACGAGCUGCUGUGGGUGAUUCUGAUCGGUUUGGUGUUCGCGCUGAUAAUCCAGUCUCUGGCGGCGAACCUCGGGGUUACCACCGGCAAGCAUUUGGCGGAGGUUUGCAAGGCUGAGUACCCUGUGUUCGUCAAGUACUGCCUCUGGCUCCUGGCGGAGGCCGCCGUCAUCGCGGCGGACAUCCCAGAAGUGAUAGGGACAGCCUUUGCACUGAACAUAUUGUUCCGUGUCCCGGUUUGGGUGGGGGUUCUCUGCACCGGGUUCAGUACACUGCUGCUCCUUGGACUUCAAAGAUACGGUGUGAGAAAAUUGGAGCUGUUGAUAGCAAUAUUGGUGUUCAUAAUGGCGGCUUGUUUUUUCGGCGAAUUGAGUUAUGUGAAGCCUCCGGCGACAGAAGUUUUGAAAGGAAUGUUUAUUCCGAAGCUUAAGGGAAAUGGCGCCACCGGCGACGCCAUUGCAUUGUUUGGCGCCCUCGUUAUGCCGCACAAUCUUUUCCUUCAUUCCGCGCUCGUGCUGUCGAGGAAGGUGCCGAGUUCUGUUCGAGGCAUCAAUGAUGCAUGUAAAUUUUUCUUGAUCGAAAGUGGAUUUGCGUUGUUCGUAGCCUUUCUAAUAAACGUGGCGGUUAUAGCCGUAUCGGGAACGGUCUGCUUGGCCACCAAUCUGUCCGAAGAGAACAAAAGCCGUUGCGAUGACUUAACCCUCAAUUCAGCUUCAUUCCUCCUCAAGAAUGUGUUGGGGAAAUCGAGUUCAAUUGUGUAUGCAAUAGCUCUGUUGGCAUCAGGACAAAGCUCAACCAUUACAGGCACUUACGCCGGACAGUAUAUAAUGCAGGGUUUUCUGGAACUGAGGAUGAGAAAGUGGGUGAGGAAUCUGUUGACAAGGUGCAUUGCGAUCACUCCUAGUUUAGUUGUCUCAAUCAUCGGAGGAUCUGCCGGAGCCGGUCGGCUCAUUGUCAUAGCCUCGAUGAUACUCUCUUUUGAGCUCCCAUUUGCCCUAAUCCCUCUUCUCAAGUUCAGCAGCAGCUCCACCAAGAUGGGCCCCCACAAGAACUCCAUAUACACAAUCGUGUUCUGUUGGGUUCUUGGACUGGGAAUCAUCGGAGUUAACAUAUACUACCUGAGCACGGGCUUCGUUGAUUGGUUGAUACACGGCAGACUGCCCAAGGUUGGGAAAGUGUUCGUGGGGAUCAUCGUAUUCCCCCUCAUGGCUGUCUACGUACUGUCCGUGCUCUAUCUUAUGUUCCGAAAGGACUCCGCUGUCACUUACGUCGACCCCACCAAGUCCUCCGGCAACGGCGACACUGCUACCGCCGGCGGCGGGGUUGAGCUGCACCACCGUCCUGAUCUUUCCGACAUUCCAUUGCCCCAGUAACUCCACCUCUGUAUCUAUCUAUCUAUCUAUAUAUAUAUAUAUUUAUGCCUGUAUUGAACUGGCUGCAAAGUACUCGUAGAAGCAAAUAUCGUUGAAUUGUAGUAUUAAUUUGGAAUUGGGUUAAAUAAA